AUAAUAACUGCCUUGGCCUUCAACGAAUAUAUUAUAUUUUUAGUUUGUGUGUAUAUUUUCUUGUGGUAACUGCCUUAGUCUUUGACGAUUAUAUUUAAUUUAUGUGUAUGCUUUGAUGAUCGGAUAAGCUCCUUAAUAUGGCAAUGAACUUUUACAAAGAAAUGAUAGGAGGACAGAAGAUACCUUCAAUAGGUUUGGGUACAUGGAUGUCCACAGAUGAAACAGAAUUGGAGACAGCGCUUAACGCAGCAAUAGAAGCAGGUUACCGUCAUAUAGAUACUGCUAUUGUUUACCAUAAUGAAUCUUUGAUUGGUCGAAUUUUGAAAGGCUGGUUUUCUUCUGGAAAACUACGCAGAGAAGAUUUUUUUAUAACCACAAAAUUACCAAUUGCUGGAUUACAUGAGGACAGAGUUGAAAUGUUCAUUAAAAAAUCAUUGGAAAAUCUCCAGCUGGACUAUUUGGACUUGUAUUUGAUUCAUUUUCCUGUAGCUAGUAAUUAUGUUGGACUUGAUGUUACACCACCAGAUCAGUUUAAAGUAGAACCAGUUGAUCAUCAUCUUGUUUGGAAGAAAAUGGAGGAGCAAGUUGAUGCAGGUCGGACAAGAGCUAUUGGUUUAUCAAAUUUCAAUGAAAAUCAAAUCCGAAAACUUUUAAAAUCGUGUAGAAUUCAACCCGCUUGUCUACAAAUAGAAGUUCAUUUGUUCAUGCAGCAAAAAGAAUUGAUUAAUUAUUGUCACAAGAAUCAUAUUCUUGUUAUCGCAUAUUCACCUCUGGGUAAUCCUGGAUAUAAUAAAUUUUUGAAUGUCAUAGGUCAAAAAGAAAAGCAGCUACCUUCUGCAUUAGAUAACCCGAUAGUCAAGAGAGUGGCAGAUAAAUACAAAAAGUCUCCUGGACAGGUUUUAUUGAGGUUCUUAAUAGAGAAGGAUAUAAUACCAAUACCUAAAAGCGUUUCUCCAAAGAGAAUUCGUGAAAAUAUUGACGUAUUCGAUUUUACCUUAGACAAAGAAGAUAUUCAUAAAUUGGAAAAUGUGGAUAGAGGGGAAGAAAGUCGUAUUUGUGAUUUCUCAUUUUUUCCUCCGUUACUGGAGAGUGAGCAUUUUCCAUUUUUGAAACAACGAGUGUAGAUUACACUCUUCUCAUAUGCACUUAUAGGAAAAAUCAAUUCCAUUAUGCUGACAUUAUAAAUGAAAUAGUUAUAAAUGGGAUAUUUCUUCAUAUUUUUUCAACGCUGAUAGAAAAAUUGGAUUGAUACAACCAUAAUAGAGACUAAAGACAUUUACGCCGUUCACUUAUUCCGCACUGGAUAGCACAAAGCUUAUUUAGUAUCAUUAUUUGGUGGGGACCUAUAGACCUUGCUAACAUUCAAUGUAAAUUAGAUUUAUUUAUUCUAAUGAUGUAUUUUGGUAAAUAGAGACCGAAUAAAAUUAGAAAUAUUU